UAUUCUCUAAAUAACCUGUUGAGCCAGUCAAGCUCAGAAGCCACAUUCGCCAGGCUUUUACCGAGCAACUUCACCUCAAGUCAGAAUCCAAACAAAAAUCUGAAGCGGGAAAGAACAUGGACUGAAGCUGACGUGAGUUGGAAAACCAUGUCGGCGUACUUUUGGAUCUGGGCCUGCUUGUUGCUACGGAUCAGCGCCGUUGCCGGGCAGGACAAGACAGCAGAUGAAACGGUCACCUGUUUGGUGUCCAAGGAGUGCCACCUCCCCUGCACGUUCCCGCCAGCUCCAAACACCAGCGUCCGCUGGUUCCGACAGGACAUUUUGAUGUACAGCUUUGGCCAAACACCGGGGCAGAACCAAACAGGGCGAGCGGCGGGUUUUCUGCAAAUGAUUGAGGACGGCAAUGCCACGCUGGUCCUCAAGGAGGUGGGACUCAAGGACCGCGGCACGUACCGGUGUCACGUGCGCACGUCGCAGGGGAAACACAAUGCCAAGGUGGUCCUGAAAGUGGAGGCACCUGUCCAAGGUCUGUCCCUGGAGUUGUCGCGGCUAAGCGGUUAUGAGGAGAUGAAGUGCACAGUACGAGACGUGUUUCCGCCGCCCCGUGUCACCUGGGCGACGGAGCCGCCCACCUUCGAGGACCUACGACCUGUCACGCGCAUGCUGGCCGACAAGCGGGGUCUGUACACGGCCGACAGCAAGCUGAGGGUUCUGAAAGGACAGCCAGACCUCAUCUACAUAUGCAAAGUCAGCACCUCCUAUGGGGGGCCGACGUGGACAUCCUCAUUGCGGGAGAGAGCGAUAUCAGGAAAUGAAGGUCACGAUCUGACCAUCCCUUGCUUCGCCCCGCCGUACCUGAACAGCCCCACCCUCCACUGGAACUUCUCAAAUGGCGAGGACCCGGCGCACAUCCUGACCUACGACAGUCGCUCGGGCCACUGCAUGUCGGAACCCGCCUGGGACCGCUACGUGGAGCUGGACGGCUUCAGGGUCCCGUUCGGGGACGGCUCGCUUCGCCUGAUGGCCCCCGAACACGCCCGCCAUGAGGGCACCUACAGCUGCUUCUUUGCCAUGCCGUACAACAUGCACACGGAGCGCACCGAUGUCACCAUCUACACAGCUAACGCCACUCGUAGCACUUCACAGACGUCCUACUGGUGGAUUGUCGGCCUGGUCGUAGCCGUGUCGGUCCUGGCAUUGGUGGCCAUGUUGGUUUACUUGAAGAUGAGAGGAAACACGGCAAAGCCUCCGUCACAUGACCCCGAGGAAGAGACCGAGCUGAAUUCAGUCAAAGGCGUUCAAGGCGAGCAUGAACCCAGCAACCGUUUUUCCGCCGGAGGCCACAACAGCCAAUCAGGCCUCUCCUGAUUCCGCCCCUCCAUCAUCGCCACUUGCACUGAACUAUGUGCAUACAAUUUGUAUGACGUGACAGUACAUACACGACUCACAAAAAAAAGUUAAGAAAUUGAACCUUUAGGUUGAAACUUCAGGAUCUUCUGAAUUUUUGAACGCAGCUGUUCAAUGUUGCAGUACUUUUUGCGCAACUGGCUUUUCUCCUGGGAACUGAAGGGCAAAAUUCACAUAUGAAAAAGUCCCCUUUCGUUACAGUGUACUCAGCUGUUGCGACAGCAACACAACAGCCAGAUGAGAUGACAGAGAAAUUCAAUCCAGAUGUUUUUCGAGGAACGGAGGCUAAAGUGGAAUGUGGGCCGGGUGAAUGCCUCACAAGGCUUGGAAUGUUUUCUUAUCGUCUCUGCCUACGUUGGCGGAACAUCACGUGGUCCAAGAGCGUAAUCGAGUCAGCGUGGCUAGAAACAACAGCAACAUUUUCAACUCGAGACAGCUGACCUCGUGUCUCCUCCGUAGGGGGGACAGUAAAUGUCAACAGGCAAACUUUGGGAAGUGAGCCGAAUGCAUUUCAAUGUAAAGAAA